AUGUGGCUGUUUUUAUUUUUAUUGGGAAUUGUAUUCGAUAGUACUUAUUGUGUUUUGUGCCCGAAACAGUGCGAUUGUGAUACGGAGAAUGGCCUGAACAGAGCAAUUUGUGUCGAUCAAAAUAUUGUGUCCGUAGCGGUGGGUGUGCCCAAGGAGGUGCAAGUGUACAGUUUGAGUAGGAACGUUUUAAGCGAGUUGGAUAAUUUUUGUUUUAAGGAGAUCGGUUAUAGAUCGAUACAAGUAUUGGACUUAUCAUACAACCAGAUAUUUUGGAUCGGUUUGCACGCGUUCUCAGGCUUGGAUCAGCUGAUUGAUUUGAACCUGAGCAACAAUAGGCUGAGGUAUAUCCCUUCAGAUGUCUUCUGGUACACUCCUCAGCUGGACAUCCUCGACUUAUCGUCGAAUGUAUUCGAGACACUAAAAAAUGAACCUUUUAUUAUGCACAAUAAGUUACAAGUCCUAAACCUUAACAACUGCCGGAUAAAGUUUUUGCCAGAUAGAUUAUUCUCUCGUCUACCUAAUUUGAGAAAGCUGGAUUUAAGCGAAAAUUACAUGGUCACACUCAGCUUAGACGUGCUACGACCGUUAAGAAAACUCACUAGACUCGAAUUGAGAAACGAUUACUGGCAAUGCAACGCAAACUUCAUAGCGACGGAGACCUGGAUUGUAACACGUGGUAUCGCAUAUGAGAAGAAAUGCAGGACGCACCCGAAAAUGUCCGAAAAGAUGAUAUCGCUAGUCCGCGACCGGAAACCGCUUGAUAUAGACGAUAUAUGGAAUAUAACGGCCAACAACGCCACAGAUAAAGGCAAUGAUACAAAACCGUUGACGCCGUUUCAGAAAUUCGAUAGAAAUUUCUCCGCGCUACAAGCUUUCGUAAUCGGUCUAGAAUUGGGUUUGGCGAUCGGUAUCGUCGCUACGUAUAUGUGGUUGAGGCGAGUCUGUGCUUUUUCGUGCCGUCGACCACAGAUAAGGGAGGGGCGUAGAGUUCGUCGCGAGGGGGAUAUGAGGAAUCGAUUAUUGUGGAACGCAAUUAAUACGGAUGUGGAGACUCCGCCGAUAUAUAGGAGGCAAGUUCCUGUGCCAAGCGCGCCGUUCCGCACGCAACCACGUCAGGUUCCUACCCCGGAGCGCGCCGAAACUCCACCCCCUCCUUACCAGGAGUGUCGUCUUAAUGGAUAG